GUGUGUACGUGUGGUGUGGGUGUUGCUAGCCGGAUGGAUGAACGAGGAUAACAAGUGCAUGCACUUGGAAAAGUUGUAGCAUGGAACAAGAAUUCUCACAGGCUUAAAGGAGGAAGAGUGUAAAGUCGCAGUAAGCUAGCUUUUGGCCUUGACCAAAUCCAAGCAUGCAUCAAGCUCAAGUCUAUAAAACCAACAAUGCAUACGUCUACCAGGCCAGAGUACCAAAGCACAAUAGAAAAUUCAGUGAUGUCCACAUUACACACCAACAACAUGGCGUCUCCUCUGUUAGCCAUCCUCCUCCUGUCAUCAGCUUUGAACCACUUCUCAUCUGCUGCAACACUAGCCUAUAGUAGCACCCUCACCAGCAGAGAUGCUCUGCUCUGCCUCAAGUCCCGCCUCCGCGGCAACACACAGGCCAUGGCUACGUGGAACAACAGCGCCUCACCGGAUUUCUGCACUUGGUCCGGGGUCACAUGCACAAGGAGGACAGGGCAACCACCCCUUGUGGUGGCCUUGGAUAUGGAGGCGGAAGGACUCGCCGGUGAGAUCCCUCCAUGCAUCUCCAACCUCACUUCUCUGGUAAGAAUACACUUGCCUCACAACCAGCUCUCCGGCCAUAUCCCGUCGGAACUUGGUCGGCUCUCUGGACUCAGGUACCUCAACCUCAGCGUGAACACGCUCAGCGGCACCAUCCCUCUCAGUCUUGGUGCGCUUCACAACCUUUCUUCUCUAGACUUGGGUAGCAAUGGACUAUCCGGUGAAAUUCCACCUUUCAUGAAGUCAAAGCUCACAUACCUAAGUCUAGUCGGAAACAGCCUUACCGGAGCCGUGCCGCCAUCGGUAGCAAAUCUCUCAUCCCUUACAUACCUCUUGCUUGCGCAAAACCAGUUGCAAGGACCCAUUCCUGAUUUGGGUGAACUGUCAAGCCUACAAAACCUUGAUCUCUCCUACAACAAUCUAUCAGGGACAGUACCGCCCUCCAUUUACAAUUUGUCCUCAUUAAACUACCUUGGGUUGUCCAACAAUAAUCUUGGAGGAACACUACCUUCUGGUAUGGGCAACACACUUCCUAACAUCCAAAUACUGAUGAUGCAUAAUAAUCAUUUUGAGGGGGCUAUCCCAGCCUCGCUGCAGAAUGCCUCCAGCAUGACGAUUAUCCAUCUAGGCAACAACUCUUUGACUGGGGUGAUUCCUUCUUUUGGCUCCAUGCCAAACUUGAAGCAUGUAAUGUUGUACUCAAAUCAGCUAGAAGCCGGGGACUGGGCAUUCUUCUCCUCCUUAGCAAAUUGUACACGUUUGCAGCAACUGAACUUGGGUAGAAACAACCUUCAAGGAGAUUUACCACCGAAUUCCAUAGAGAAUCUGCCCAAAAGCUUGACCGCUCUAACUCUUCGGUCAAACAACAUCUCUGGCACCAUUCCCUUGGAGAUUGGAAACUUGUCUAAUCUUGCCAUGCUCUAUCUUGAUAGAAAUCUUUUCGGUGGGCCUAUACCUUCUACCCUUGGUCAACUAAGCAAUCUUGUCGUGCUUAGCCUAUCACAGAACAAUUUUUCUGGGGAAAUACCUCCUUCCGUUGGAAGCCUACACCAGCUGCAAGAGCUCUAUUUGCAAGAAAAUCGAUUGAGUGGAAGCAUACCUGCAAGUCUAGCCAGCUGUGAGAACUUACUUGCAUUAAACCUUUCAUGUAAUACCCUUGGUGGAAGCAUAAGUGGAGACAUGUUGGGCAAGUUGAAUCAGUUGAGUUGGCUACUUGAUUUAUCACACAACCAACUCGCAAUGUCCAUACCAGUAGAGAUGGGUAGCUUGAUAAACCUUGGUUCCUUGAACAUCUCCCACAACAAUCUCACGGGAAGAAUACCGUCCACACUCGGUGCUUGUGUCCGAUUGGAAGCGCUUCGUGUAGAAGGGAACCUCCUGCAAGGAAACAUCCCACAAUCGCUAGCAAACCUGAAAGGCAUCCAAAUGUAUGAUUUCUCCAACAACAACCUAUCUGGUACAAUUCCAGAGUUCCUCGAGACCUUCACCUCGUUGCAGUAUCUGAAUAUGUCCUUCAACAACUUGGAAGGACCAGUCCCCAUAGGUGGAGUGUUUGCUAACACAAGUGGUAUUUUUGUCCAAGGAAAUCCACACCUUUGUUCAAAUGGUGCAUUAAGAGAGCUUCCUAGAUGCUUUGCUUUGGCAUCCACAAAAAAUCAAAAGUUUUUUGUUCCUAUGAUGAUAGCUCUGUCAGCUCUUGUCGCAAUUGCUUUAAUCUUGGGGGUGUUCAAUUUUUGGUUGAGAAAGAGAUACACAUCCGGUGAGAGAAUUGGCCAUUCAUACAUGGAGUUGAAAAGGAUAACAUAUGGUGACGUAAUCAAAGCAACAGAUAGUCUUUCUCUAGCCAAUGUAGUCGGCUCCGGGCAAUUUGGGACUGUCUACAAAGGUUGGUUCGACGCGGAAGAUGGUACGGUUGCUGUUAAAGUCUUCAAGCUCAAUCAGCAUGGUGCAUUGCAUAGCUUCAUUGCUGAGUGCAAAGCUUUGCAACACAUCCGCCAUCGGAAUCUCGUGAAGGUGAUAACUGCAUGCUCAACUUAUGACCUAGUGGGAAAUGAGUUCAGGGCUCUAGUCUUUGAGUAUAUGGCCAACGGGAGCCUUGAAGACCGACUUCACAACCACCAGUGUGGUGCUUUGAGUUUAGGCGCAGUGAUCUGUAUAUCAGUUGACAUUGCUUGUGCUCUUGAAUACCUACAUAACCAGUGCAUCCCACCGGUUGUUCACUGCGAUCUAAAACCAAGCAACAUACUUUUCAACAAUGAUGAUACUGCACGUGUCUGCGACUUUGGUCUGGCAAAGCUAAUUCAUGGAUGUUCGUCUGGAGGGCAGAGCGGCACAACAAGCAUAGUUGGACCAAGGGGAUCUAUUGGGUACAUACCUCCUGAGUAUGGCAUGGGCAGUGAAAUCUCAACUGAGGGUGACGUCUACAGCUAUGGCAUUGUUCUUUUGGAAAUGCUUACACGGAAACGGCCUACCAAUGAAGAGUUCAGUGAUGGCUUGACGCUCCACAAGUAUGUAGAUGCAUCACUUUCACAAACCCAAGACAUUCUUCACCCCGGUCUUACUUUAGAGACGGGAGAUCAGCGUGUCGAUCAUAUCCCAAACUUGCAAGAGCACAACACAUUUGCACUGAAGGAUAUAUGUGCUCUCCGGCUCCUUAGACUUGGCUUAUUAUGCUCUGCGGAAUCACCGAAGGAUCGCCCAGCGAUGCAUGAUGUCUACGGCGAAGUAACUGAAGUAAAAGAGGCAUAUUUCUCUAUUGACAACUGAAGGCAAUGACCCUACAUAAUGAAGGCAAAGACACUCGACGAAGAUGAAGAUGAAGAUCGUUGCUUCGACCACAGCAUGACAACAUGUUGCUAUCUUUUUUCCUUUUCUGUAAGCCAAUAUGUUUGGCUCACUGUAAUAAUUUGGUUACAUACGCUCCCAAUGUCUCACCAAGAUCUUCUGAUAAUCUUUUCAUACAUCAAUAAAGAGCGAUGGGUUUCUACUGGGAA